UUUGACGUCACACCACAAUUUUCCCCAGUCGGAUUAAAGAUGGCGCCGUAUCAUGUUCUAAGGUGCUGUCAGCGGAGUUUAUCUUGGAUACCUGUUAUUUUCAUAAACCUUGUCGUUGGCUGGUCUUAUUAUGCAUACAUCGUUGAACUCUGUAUCUUAACAAUUCCAAAUAAUGCUGAAAAAAUAUCAUACCUAGUUGUCUUUCACCUGUUCUUCAUUAUGUUCAUCUGGUCCUACUGGAAGACUAUCUGCAGCAGGCCCGCCAACCCCUCUAAAGAGUUUUGUCUGCCCAAAGUGGAGAAAGAGCAGUAUGAGAAGGAGGAACAUCCAGACACUCAGCAGGAGAUCCUGAAGAAGGUGGUGGUAGGAUUGCCUGUCUUUACACGCACUGGGACAGGAGCCGUCCGGUACUGUGACCGCUGUCUGGUGAUCAAACCCGACCGCUGCCACCACUGCUCCACCUGUGACAUGUGUGUACUGAAGAUGGACCAUCACUGUCCAUGGGUGAAUAACUGUGUUGGAUUUUCAAACUACAAGUUCUUUGUCUUGUUUCUGGCCUACUCCAUGCUGUAUUGUGCAUUCAUCGCUGCUACCGUACUGCAGUAUUUCAUCAAAUUCUGGACACUUUGCCGAUGGAGAUCUGUUGGGGAUUGUCCUCAGAAUCAGCUGCCUGACACUCACGCCAAAUUCCACGUGUUGUUUCUGUUUUUUGUGGCGGCCAUGUUCUUCAUCAGCAUCCUGUCGCUUUUCAGCUACCAUCUCUGGCUUGUGGGAAAGAACAGGACCACCAUAGAGGCUUUCAGGGCUCCUGUCUUCAGAAAUGGCCCAGACAAGAAUGGCUUCUCUCUGGGAUUCAGUAGGAACAUGGCUGAGGUCUUUGGAGACCAGAAGAAGUACUGGAUGUUUCCCAUCUACACCAGUCACGGUGAUGGUAACAGUUUUGUCACCCGGUUGGUGAACUUAGAUCCUGAACAGAUAGCUGUGGGCCUCCAGAUCAACGGCAAAAGCUCUGUAGAUUGUCCUGCAAGCCCCAAGCAUGUCCUUGGCGACACCAUCAACCACAUUGAGGACCAUCAGGAUGGCAGCUUCGACAAAACUGAUGUAGCCGAGACGGUCACAGUCACCAUAGAGAGCGAGUCAUAGACAGGUAAGCCUAUGGAUGACUCCCGCUGAAGUUAGGCGUUUCUUACAGAGCUUAGAGAGGAAACUGAUGACCACCCAUGCAUGAUCUUUGAUUACCGAGUUGGCUCAAAUCUGCCAAGAGACAACGGAGCCAUCAACUGUGAUGCCUUACAACCUGCAGAAUCUGUCUAAACAAAAAACACCCCUUAUCACCUGCAGCACCCCUACUACCAUGGACAAAUGUCAAGUAACAGCUCUUGUAUGGACAUAUUUUCUAUUGCCAUGCUUACAUCUGCCAAACAGCAUUCCUGGUAUGAUGGACACAACCUGGACUGUCAUGGACGCUACAUCUUACAUCACCCGUCUUAAGUCCUCACCAAGCACAUACACUCUGACACUUCAUCUUUGUUUUUAACCAAAGCUUUUUUUUGUAACUAUGAUUAAUCUCUGGGUCUACUCUGUUAUUCAAGCUAAAAAAAGUAGACUCUUUGCACUAGCUUAGAUUAUUUCAGGAAAAGUGCAGGAAAAUAAUUGCUUUACACUUAUACACCUCAGUCGAAUUAGUAUUCACUUUCUUUAUUGGUAAAAUGUUUACUGUUUCUCUCCCCAGAAACUCAGUUACUGGCUUUGAUUGGGUUAUGCCCAGGGAAUGCAAUGUUCAGGGCCUCAAGAUGCAACGUCUCAGUUGACUGUAGCAUGUACUUUACAUUUGAACCCUGUGGAGGGCGCUAAGCAUAUCCAUUGAUUUCAACAGGCCAUACAGUUUUACAGUAGGUUUGCAUGAAAAAAGGCUUUGUAGGACCCUAUGCCAAAUCCUUUCCUGCUCAACAUCGUAAUUUAAAGCUAGAACACUUAGUUUUUGGGAUUAUAAAUGAAUGAUCUCAUUGAUUCUUCAAUAUAACCUAUAAAUGACUCGUGAGUUUAGUUCAACUGUCAUACAUACCCCUACAGAUUUAUUUUUUACUAUGUUUGUAAACAACAAAUGUAAAUGCACUAUAGCUUCAGAAAAUGUUUAAAACUAUCCUUUUUAUAUUUUUGACGAUAAUUCCUUGCAUCCAUAGCUCUGUCUAUGAAUUUGAGUGGUUACAUUUCUCCAGGCCCAUCCCUCAGCUUUUUUACCAAAACUGAGGCAGGGUAACACUUUGUCAUUGUUUCAACUGCUGAUUCUAGCUUUUAAAUGUGCCUGCAGUUAAGUUGUUCAGAUUUAUUAUUAUUUUUUCUGUUGUAUGGAAGGACAAAGGUUAAGUACAGUGCCAUAGUAAAUGGUUCACCUUAGCAUGGUGUAAUUACUUUAAAAUUUCUGUUUGCAAUUUUAAACAGUUGAUUUUUGCUAAUACACAUUUGAAGUGUCACACACAUGACCCUAAUGACGCAGGGCCAAAUCCUAACUCUAGAUCCAUGUUUUGCAAAAUUGUGAUCUACAGUACCGGUCAAAAGUUUGGACACACCUACUCAUUCCAGGGUUUUUCUUUAUUUUUUACUAUUCUCUACAUUGUAGCACAACAGUGAAGACAUCAAACCUAUAAAAUAACACAUGGAAUCAUGUAGUAACCAAAAAAGUUAAGCAAAUCAAAAUAUAUUUCAGAUUCUUCAAAGUAGCCACCCUUUGCCUUGACAGCUUUGCACACACUUGGCAUUCUCUCAACUAGUUUCAUGAGGAAUGCUUUUCCAAAAGUCUUGAAGGACUUCCCACAUAUGCUGAGCACUUGUUGGCUGCUUUUCCUUCACUCUGCAGUCCAACUCAUCCUAAACCAUCUCAAUUGGGUUGAGGUCAGGUGAUUGUGUAGGCCAAGUCAUCUGAUGCAGCACUCCAUCACUCUCCUUGGUCAAACAGCCCUCACACAGCCUGGAGGUGUGUUUUGUGUCACUAUAAUUUGUUUUUCAACAGGACAGUCACAAUAAGCGCAAACCAGAUAGUACUGCUGUGGUAGCCAUGCUGGUUAAGUGUUCCUUGAAUUUGAAAUCACAUGACGGUGUCACCAGCAAAGCACCAUCACACCACCUAUAUGCUUCACUGUGUGAACCACACAUGCAAAGAUCAUCCGUUCACCUACCCUGCGUCUCACAAGGACAAAGCGGUUGGAACGAAAAAUCUCACAUUUGGACUCGUCAGACCAAAGGACAGAUUUCCACCGGUCUAAAGUCCAUUGCUUGUUAUUCUUGGCCCAAGCAAGUCUCCUUAAUUGUGUCCUUUUUAGUAGUGGUUUCUUUGCAGCAAUUUGAGCAGGAAGACCUGAUUUCACGCAGUCUCUGAACAGUUGAUAUUAAAUGAGUCUGUUACUUGAACACUGAAGCGUUUAUUUGGGCUGCAAUUUCUGAAGCUGGUAACUAAUGAACCUAUCCUCUGCAGCAGAGGUAACUCUGGGUCUUCCUUUCCUGUGACGGUCCUCAUGAGAACCAGUUUCAUCAUGGCGCUUGAUGGUUUUUGCGACUGCACUUAUAGAAACUUUCGAAGUUCUUAAUUUUCUGCAUUGACUGACCUUCACUUCUUAAAGUAAUGGACUGUUUCUCUUUGCUUGUUUGAGCUGUUCUUGCAAUAAUAUAGACUAAGCCCUAUUUGGUAAAAGACAAUCUUCUGUAUACCCCUCUACCUUGUCACAACAACUGAUCGGCUCAAACUCAUUAAGAAAAUUCCAUAAAUUAGCUUUUAACGAGGCACACCUGUUAAAUGAAACGAAGUGGUACCUCACGAAGCUGGUUGAGAGAAUUCAUGAGUGUGCAAAGCUGUCAAUGCAAAGGGUGGCUACUUUGGAGAAUUUAAUAUAUUUUUUUUUGAUUUGUUUAAAACAUUGGUUACUACAUGAUUCCAUAUGUUAUUUCAUAGUUGGUUUUCUGCAAUGUAGAAAAUAGCAACAAAAUAAUGAGUAGGUGUCCAAACUUGACUGGUACUGUAUGUGAUAGGUUUAUCGCUUUCAUCUCAAGAAUUUGGUUGGGACUCAACAAGCAGUGCAUUCGGAAAGUUUUCAGAACCCUUUUACUUUUCCCACAUUUUGUUACAUUACACCCUUUGUUCUAAAAUGUAUUUUAAGUUGUUUUUCCCCCUCAGUCUACACACUACCCCAUAUUCACAAAGCAAAAACGGGUUUCAAGACAUUUCUGCACAUGUAUAAAAAAAAAAAUAUGUAAAUGAAAUCACAUGAACAUAAGUAUUCAGACCUUUUACUCAGCACUUUGUUGAAGCACCUUUGGCAGCGAUUACAGCCUCGCGUCUUUGUGGGCAUGACGCUACAAGCUUGGCACACCUGUAUUUGGGGAGUUUCUCCCCUUCUCUUCUGCAGAUCCUCUCAGGCUCUGUCAGGUUGGCUUGGGAGCAUCACUGUACAACUAUUUACAGGUCUCUCCAGAAAUGUUUGAUUGUGUUCAAGUCUGGGCUCUGGCUGGGCCACUCAAGGACAUUCAGAGACUUGUCCCGAAGCCACUCCUGCGUUGUCUUGGCUGUGUGCUUAGGGUCAUUGUCCUGUUGGAAGGCAAACCUUUUUUUAAAUUUCACCUUUUAUUUAACCAGGUAGGCCAGUUGAGAACAAGUUCUCAUUUACAACUGCAACCUGGCCAAGAUCAAGCAAAGCAGUUUGACACAUACAACAGUUACACAUGGAAUAAACAGUCAAUAAAUACAAUAACGUCUAUAUACAGUGUGUACAAAUGAGGUAAGAUAAGGGGGUGAGGCAAUAAAUAGGCCAUGGUGGCGAAGUAAUUACAAUAUAGCAAUUACACACUGGAAUGGUAGAUGUGCAAGUGGAGAUACUGGGGUGCAAAGGAGCAAGAAAAAAUACAGUAUGGGGAUGAGGUAGUUGGAUUGGCUAUUUAUAGAAUGGGCUAUGUACAGGUGAAGUGAUCUGUGAGCUGCUCUGUCAGCUGAUGCUUAAAGUUAAUGAGGGAGAUAUGAGUCUCCAGCUUCAAUGAUUUUUGCAGUUCGUCCCAGUCAUUGGCAGCAGAGAACUGUAAGGAAAGGUGGCCAAAGGAAGAAUUGGCUUUGGGGGUGACCAGUGAGAUACCUGCUGGGGAGUGUGCUAUGGGUGGGUGCUGCAAUGGUGACCAGUGAGCUGAGAUAAGGCAGGGCUUUACCUAGCAAAGACUUGUACAUGACCUGGAGCCAGUGGGUUUGGCCGCGAGUAUGAAGCGAGGGCCAGCCAACGAGUGUACAGGUCUCAGUGGUGGGUAGUAUAAGGGGCUUUGGUGACAAAAUGCAUGGCACUGUGAUGGAUUGCAUCCAAUUUGUUGAGUAGAGUGUUGGAGGCUAUUUUGUAAAUGACAUGGCCAAAGUUGAGAAUAGGUAGGAUGGUCAGUUUUACGAGGGUAUGUUUGGCAGCAUGAGUGAGGGAUGCUUUGUUGUGAAAUAGGAAGCCGAUUCCAGAUUUAACUUUGGCACCCCCAUAGACACUGCCUGAGGACCGAACAACAGGCCCUCCGAUUUGACACACUGAACUCAAUCUGACAAGUAGUUGGUAAACCAGGCGAGGCAAUCAUUUGAGAAAACAAGGCCCUUGAGUCUGCCAAUAAGAAUGUGGUGAUUGACAGUCGAAAGCCGUGGCCAGGUCGACGAAUACGGCUGCACAGUAAUGUCUCUUAACGAUGGCGGUUAUGAUAUCAUUUAGGACCUUGAGCGUGGCUGAGGUGCACCCAUGACCAGAUCUGAAACCAAAUUGCAUUGCGGAGAAGGUACGGUGGGAUUCCAAAUGGUAGGUAAUCUGUUAACUUUGCUUUCAAAUACCUUAGAAAGGCAGGGUAGGAUAGAUAAUGGGUCUAGAAUGUCCCUCUUUUGAAGAGGGGAUGACUGAGGCAGCUUUCCAAUCUUUGGGAAUCUGACGAUACAAGAGGUUGAACAGGCUAGUAAUAGGGGUUGCAACAAUUUCGGUCAGAUAAUUUUAGAGAGGGUCCAGAUUGUCUUGCCCGACUGAUUCUAUAGGGAUCCAGAUUUUGCAGGUCUUUCAGAACAUCAGCUAUCUAGAUUUGGGUGAAGGAAAAAUGGGGGCCGCUUGGGCGAGUUGCUGUGGGGAGUGCAGAGCUGUUGACUGGGGUAGGGGUAGCCAGGAGGAAAGCAUGGUCAGCCGUAGAAAAAUGCUUUAUUAAAUUCUCAAUUAUAGUGUAUUUAACGGUGGUGACAGUGUUUCCUAGCCUCAGUGCAGUGGGCAGCUAGGAGGUGUUCUUAUUCUCCUUGGACUUUAGUGUCACAGAACUUUUGAGUUUGUGCUUCAGGAUGAACAUUUCUGCUUGAAAAAGCUAGCCUUGGCUUUCCUAACUGCCUGUGUAUAUUGGUUCCUAACUUCCCUGAAAAGUUGCAUAUCACGGGCUAUUCGAUGCUAAUGCAGGGUGUUUUUGUGCUGGUCAAUGGCAGUCACGUCUGGAGAAAACCAAGGGCUAUAUCUGUUCCUGGUUCUAUUUUUUUUUUUUUGAAUGGGGCAUGUUUAUCUAAGAUUUUGAGGAAGGCACUUUUAAAGAAUAACCAGGCAUCCUCCACUGACGGGAUGAGGUCAAUAUCCUUCCAGGACACCCAGGCCAGUUUGAUUAGAAAGGCUUGCUCGUUGAAGUGUGUUAGUGUUUAACAGUGAUGAGGGGUGGUCGUUUGACCGCAGACUCAUUGCGGAUGCAGGCAGUGAUCGCUGAGAUCUUGGUUGAAAACAGCAGAGGUGUAUUUGAAGGGCAAGUUGGUUAGGAUGAUAUCUAUGAGGGUGCCCGUGUUUACAGAUUUGGUGUUGUACCUGGUGGGUUCAUUGAUAAUUUGUGAGAGAUUGAGAGCAUCAAGCUUAGCUUGUAGGAUGGCCGGGGUGUUAAGCAUGUCCCAGUUUAGGUCACCUAGCAGCACGAGCUCUGAAGAUGGAUGGGGGCAAUCAAUUCACAUAUGGUGUUCAGUGCACAGCUGUGGGCAGAGGGUGGUCUAUAGCAAGCGGCAACGGUGAGCAACUUCUUUCUGGGAAGGUGGAUUUUUAAAAGUAGAAGCUUGAAUUGUUUGGGUAAAGACCUGGAUAGUAAAGACAGAACUCUGCAUGCUAUCUCUGCUGUAGAUUGCAACACCGCCCCCUUUGGCAGUUCUAUCUUUGUCAGAACAUGUUGUAGUUAGGGUUGGACAUUUCAGGGUUUUUGGUUGUCUUCCUAAGCCAGGAUUCAGACACAGCUAGGACAUCUGGGUUGGCAGAGUGUGCUAAAGCAGUGAAUAAAACAAACUUAGGAGGCUUCUAAUUUUAACAUGCAUGAAACCAGGGCUUUUACAGUUACAGAAGUCAACAAAUGAGAGUGCCUGGGGAAUGGGAGCAGUGCUGGGGGCUGCAACCUUUACAUAACCAGAGUAGGAUAAGGGUAUGGCUAAAGGCUAUAAGAACUGGUCGUCUUGUACGUUCGGCACAGUAAAAGGAGCAGGUUUCUGGGCGAGAGAAUAGGUUCAAGGCAUAAUGUACAGACAAAGGUAUGGUAGGAAAUGAGAACAUUGGAGGUAAACCUAAGCAUUGAGUAAUGAGAUAUCGUCUCUAGAGAUGUUUAAACAAGGUGAUGUCACCGCAUAUAUGUGGGAGGUGGCACUAAAUGGUUGGUUAAGGCUUAUUGAGCAGGGCUAGAGGCUCUACAGUGAAAUAAGCCAAUCACUAAACAGGACAGUAAUGGACAAGGCAUAUUGAUAUUAGGGAGAGGCAUGCGUAGCAGAGUGAUCAUAGGGGUCCAGUGAAUGGUUGGGCUGGCUGGAGACAUGGGGAUUCAGAAAUUCAAAGUAGGUAUAGUGGACCAAGGAAUUGGCCGAUGGAUCUAUUCAGCUAACAGUCCAAUAUGCUCUAGACAGCUAGCGGACCGCGGCUAGAAGAUGGGCAGUCAGGGGACUCUGUGGCGUACGGGCCAGUUGAGUACCCCCUCGAGCAGGUUACGUCAGUGGUCCAGUCGUGAAGGAUCGGCGUGGUUCUGUACCGGCAGUAGAAGGGGUCUGGGUAUUAUAGCCCAGGAGUGGCUGAUAGGCCUCUUCAGCUAGCCGGGAGAAUGGGCCUAGCAUGGGCUAGCUCCAGGCUAAUUGGUGCUUGCUUCGGGACAGAUGUUAGCCAGGAGUAGUCACUCUGGUUGCAGCUAGCUAGCUAGCUAGCUAGCUAGCUACGAUCCGAUGAAAAGGUUCAGAGCUUGUGGUAGUAAUCUGGGGAUAUGGAGAGAAAUGGGUCCAGUAUACUCUGGUUUGAGUCGCAUUGUACAAACUGGCGAGUGCUUUCCGAGCAGUGGUUAGCUAGCUACUAGCUAGUGAGUUGGCUAGCUUCUGUUGGGGGAUUCUGGUCACGAGGUAAAUAAAAAUGAGAAAAAAACAGAUCCACAUCAUAUUGGUUGAGGCAGGUUGAAGGACAGUAUUUUGAAGUUGAGAUUGACAAAAAUAUGCGAGGAAAAACACAUGGGACACGACAAGACGAAGGAGAAAGAUGUCUGACCACUAGGCCAUCUUGGAUAUAUAACCUUGGCCCCACUCCAAGGCUCUGGAGCAGGUUUUCAUCAAGGAUCUCUACUUUGCUCUGUUCAUCUUUCCCUCGAUCCUGACUAGUCUCUCUGCCACUAUAAAACAUACCCACAGCAUGAUGAUGCCACCACCAUGCUUCACCGUAGAGAUGGUGCCAGGUGUCCUCCAGACAUGAUGCUUGGCAUUCAGGCCGAAUAGUUAAAUCUUGGUUUUGGUGAUUCCAAACUUCUUCCAUUUAAGAAUGAUGGCUGCCACUGUGUUCUUUGGGGGGACCUUCAAAUGCUGCAGAAAUGUUUUUCAGACCUCCAGGUCUGCGAAUCAACACAAUCCUGUCUCCGAGCUCUACAGACGAUUCCUUCAACGUCAUGGCUUGGUUUUUGCUCUGACAUGCAGUGUUAACUGUGGGACCUUCGUGUGUUUCUUUCCAAAUCAUGUCCAAUCAAUUGAAUUGACCACAGGUGAACUCCAAGUUUUAAACAUCUCAAGAAUGAUCAAUGGAAACAAGAUGCACCUGAACUCAAUUUCCAGUCUUAUAAAAGGGUCUGAAUACUUAUGUAAAUAAGAAAUAUAUAUAUAUAUAUAUAUAUAUAUUAUACACACACCCACCCAGUGGGGCAAACAAUAAUAAUAUUCAGCCACCAAUUGUGCAAGUUCUCCCACUUAAGAUGAGAGAGGCCUGUAAUUUUCAUCAUAGGUACACUUCAACUAUGACAGACAAAAUGAGGGGAACAAAUCCAGAAAAUCACAUUGUAGGAUUUUUAAUUAAUUUAUUUGCAAAUUAUGGUUGAAAAUAAGUACUGUAUAUACACUGCUCAAAAAAAUAAAUGGAACACUUAACACAAUGUAACUCCAAGUCAAUCACACUUCUGUGAAAUCAAACUGUCCACUUAGGAAGCAACACUGAUUGACAAAUGUCACAUGCUGUUGUGCAAAUGGAAUAGACAACAGGUGGAAAUUAUAGGCAAUUAGCAAGAUACCCCCAAUAAAGGAAUGGUUCUGCAGGUGAUAACCACAGACCACUUCUCAGUUCCUAUGCUUCCUGGCUGAUGUUUUGGUCACUUUUGAAUGCUGGCGGAGCUUUCACUCUAGUGGUAGCAUUAGACUGAGUCAACAACUCACAAGUGGCUCAGGUAGUGCAGCUCAUCCAGGAUGGCACAUCAAUGCGAGCUGUGGCAAGAAGGUUUGCUGUGUCUGUCAGCGUAGUGUCCAGAGCAUGGAGGUGCCAGGAGACAGGCCAGUACAGCAGGAGACGUGGAGGAGGCCGUAGAAGGGCAACAACCCAGCAGCAGGACCGCUACCUCCGCCUUUGUGCAAGGAGCACUGCCAGAGCCCUGCAAAAUGACCUCCAGCAGGCCACAAAUGUGUAUGUGUCUGCUCAAACGGUCAGAAACAGACUCCAAGAGGGUGGUAUGAGGGCCCGACGUCCACAGGAGGGGGUUGAGCUUACAGCCCAACACCGUGCAGGACAUUUGGCAUUUGCCAGAGAACACCAAGAUUUGCAAAUUCGCCACUGGCGCCCUGCGCUCUUCACAGAUGAAAGCAGGUUCACAAUGUGCACAUGUGACAGACGUGACAGUCUGAAGACUCCGUAGAGAACGUUCUGCUGCCUGCAACAUCCUCCAGCAUGACCGGUUUGGCGGUGGGUCAGUCAUGGUGUGGGGUGGUAUUUCUUUGGGGGGCCGCACAGCCCUCCAUGUGCUCGCCAGAGGUAGCCUGACUGCCAUUAGGUACCAAGAUGAGAUCCUCAGACCCCUUGUGAGACCAUAUGCUGGUGCGGUUGGCCCUGGGUCCUCCUAAUGCAAGACAAUGCUAGACCUUAUGUGGCUGGAGUGUGUCAGCAGUUCCUGCAAGAGGAAGGCAUUGAUGCUAUGAACUGGCCCGCCCGUUCCCCAGACCUGAAUCCAAUUGAGCACAUCUGGGACAUCGUGUCUCGCUCCAUCCACCAAGUCUGUUGCACCACAGACUGUCCAGGAGUUGGUGGAUGCUUUAGUCCAGGUCUGGGAGGAGAUCCCUCAGGAGACCAUCCGCCACCUCACCAGGAUCAUGCCCAGGCAUUGUAGGGAGGUCAUACAGGCACGUGGAGGCCACACACACUACUGAGCCUCAUUUUGACUUGUUUUAAGGACAUUACAUCAAAUUUGGAUCAGCCUGUAGUGUGGUUUUCCACUUUAAUUUUGAGUGUGCCUCCAAAUCCAGACCUCCAUGGGUUGAUAAAUUUGAUUUUCCAUUGAUAAUUUGAUUUUAUUUAAGAAUAUUUCAUUCAUUCAGAUCUAGGAUGUGUUAUUUUAGUGUUCCCUACAUUUUUUGGAGAAGUGUAUAUUUUAUCCAUUUUUAGAAUAAGGCUGUAAUGUAACAAAAGGGGGAAGGGUUCUGAAUGCACUGUAAAACAGUGAGCUCCAAGUUUUGGGACAGCGACACACUUGUUGUUUUGGCUCUGUACUCCAGCACUUUGGAUAUGAAAUGAUACUAUGAGGUGAAAGUGCAGACAGUCUGCAUUCAUUUGAGGGUAUUUUCCUCCACAUCGGGUGAACUGUUUAGAAAUUACCACACUUUUUGUACAUAGUCCCCUAAAAUGUGGGAGACCUAAGUGAAUUUGUUCCAAAACUUUUGUAGGUGUAUUAAAGUUUUGUAUUUGGUCCCAUAUUCCUUGCACACAAUGAUUACAUCAAGCUUGUGACUCUAUAAACUUGUUGGAUGCAUUUGCUGUUGGUUUUUGUGGUUUCAGAUUUUGUGCCCAAUGGAAAUUAAUGGCAAAUAAUGUAUUGUCAUUUCUGGAGUCACUUUUAUCAUAUAUAAGAAAUAGAAUGUUUCUAAACACUUCUAAAUUAAUGUGGAUGCUACCAUGAUUAUGGCUAGUCCUUAAUGAAUUACAAAUAGUGCUGUAAUUUCUAAACUGUUCUCCUGAGUCUUUUUAUUCAAAUACAAAAUGCUGGAGUAAAGCGCCAAAACAACAAAUGUGUCGCUGUCCAAAUACAUUUGGAGCUCACUGUAGUGUUUGAACAUUGUACAGGAUUGUUAUUACAUGAAGUAUUUGUUUCUGUUUUUCCAUUGUUUCUAUUGCUUUUGACACCUUUCUGGGUUUGCAAACAUUGCCGCACGAGGGCGACGCUGCAAGUUGGUAGCGGAACACGGGGGAGGUCUUACAGAACAUGCUGCUUACGAGUGCAUAUCACACUACUUUUGGAGUAUAGUUUGAGCUUAAGGCUCGUAAUAAUGUCCUGUUUUAAUGUUUGUCAUCGCAAAUCAACUGCAUUACACUUCAACCCGUAAAAUGGCUCUUUGGCUAUCUUUUGCUACAGCCUAUAGCCAUGAGCGUUAGCAUUCUAGGUAACUGCUGCAUUCAAAAGUUAUUUUGCAAAGAUCACAACCAAAUAUAAUCUUAACUACUGUUCAAGAAAAUGUCAAAACAUCCAGUGUAAGCGUAUGAGAACCUAAAUGUAUUGUUUAGGAGUAAUAAAAAUGUAAAUUCAGGCAAAUGGGCACAGAUGGCUUUCUUACUGCCGCCAAGAGUCGUACGUGACGUCAGUGUGUCGUACUGGAAAAGGUACCGUGUACCGUGUCGUACUGUCCCCAUCGCCAUGUAUUGUUUUUAGAUGUCUCCUUUUUUUUCCUUUUUUUUAAAAGGGAGUUGUAUGUCUGCAAGAUAUCUGUAAAGUAUCACUUGCAUAGGCAAUAGGGAAGACUUAACAUGGAACAAUUAAUCUUACAUGGGAAAUGUGUUUGAACUCAACCUCAAUCUUUUGAGAAUAUGGAAUAGGUAUGUGUUCACUUUAUGCAAAACACACUUCUUAAAUUUCUGUCUUGUUUCUGAUGUCUAACUUUGUCUGGUGUCCAAAGAUGAAGGGGAAAAGGAAGGGUUUGAACAAAAAUGUUUUAUUAAAAGCACGUUUUUCCAUGACGAAUGCGGCUUUCUUUGACACUGAUGAUCCUGAUUUUUCUAGCUGUUUUAUUGUUUUGUCAGGGAAAAAUGUACAAUGUUGAACAUGUACAGCAAUAUUUAAUGUAUUGAACCAAAUGUGUUAAUACCUGUAGGCCAAUUUCCAUGUGCAGUCUUGCGUCAUGUCAGUAUGGACGCAGACCACCAAAAGGAGGGUAAGAGCUAGGCAUCGCAUCUCAAUGGAGAAAUGAUUUUAUUUCAGAAGCUCUGCGAUCUAAAGGACUAUGAUCUGUGUUUGGACUGUACAAGCUGUUUUGUUUACUGGGUGCAUGUAUGAUGGCAUAACACUCUAUUGUGGCGUGAAAGCAUCAUGGCUUUAACCUUCUAGUUUGAGUAACUUACAUUAAUGACGGAUAUUUUGCGCUACGUUGUAUAGUCACAAAAUCUGUCGAAGUUUAUUCGUGGCUCCAUUUCCUUUGAUUUAAUAUUAGUAUUUUAUUGAAUCUGUUUGCAUGCGUUAGAAAAUACUAACGACAUUUGUAGGACCCUGUCAUACAGUUUUGGUUAAUGUUUUUUCUUUUUAUGUCCUCUAAAUUGGGAAAUAGUUUGCACAAAGUUUUGUACGUCUAAUACAAUUACAUGUGUGUGUAUUUAUUAAAAAUGUACACAAUAAUG